CCAGAGCGUGGCUUCUUCACUUCUUAAAGCACCGAAAUCCACACCGUAAUUGAUGAUCUGACGCGAAUCACACGGUGCGCGAUUGACACACGAUAACCCGUAGAGUGUCUCGUGGUGGCUUGUGGUGGCUCGUGCUUUACGGUAGUCUACGGUAGUCCACGGUAGUCUACCUACGGAGUACGGGCUUCGAUGACCUAUAAACAAACGUAUAGGUACGUUCUAAAAUGCGCUUAGGGUGCAUUUAUAUGAACGCGAAAGAGCAGAAUACUGAUGUUAGGACCAUUCUACAAUUGGAUAUAUAAACAAGAUUGUAAAAAAUUAACCAAUUGUCUCGAUUAUUUUUCGCAAGAAAAUAAUCAUUUGUAAGUGAUCAGUUUCUUAUAAUUUUACAACUACAUUAUUUAUUGCAUAAUCAAAUUCAAUAAAUUCAUCCUAACCUUAACUAAUUCAGCAAUCUGAUUGGUAGUGUCAGUUUUACACUGUGCGCAUUUUGCAUACUGCAUUUAGGACUUGAAAAAAAUCUUAUGUAAAGUAAACUUGAAAUAUACGACAUAUAACCCUGUCUUUAACUACGUUUACACGACACCCUUAAGGCCAUUGCACAUACAUUUUCUUAAUCGUAAUCGUAAGAAAUUGAGCAAUACGAUUGGUUAAUUCAGUCGGUUGCGACUAAUUUGAGCAAUAUGAUUGGUCGAAAUCUUACGAUUACAAUUAAGGAAAUGUACGUACAAUGGCCUUUUAACAGGUUUAAUAACAUCGAUACUUCUAGAGCUGGCCAAUCAUAACCAUUCCAUUCUUCCGAGGAAUGGCUGUAGUUGGCCAGUUUUAUAACUCCGAUGUUGUUAAACCCGACGUGUAAACGUAGUCAUUAAUGAUAUCUUGUCGAUAAUGUAAACAUUUUAAAUCAAAUAAUAAAUUGACACCAAUCCUUUAAUAGUGCGUUACACUCUCUCGAAAAGUGAAUGUGGCUAUAGGACUGUUCUUUUUAGCUGUACUGUUACACUGGUGCAACAAGUUAAAGUAAGAUAAAUAUAUUUUUUCUCAUUCUAACUUACUGCACCAGUGCAGCAAUGCACCGAAAAAGAACAGACCACACAUGUAUAGUUUCUACGUUCGUAAUAAAGGAUAAAAUGUAAUGGCGCUGUGAAUCAGUAAGAUUUUAGCUCGCCGGCGUGUGUGGGUUGCUCUUCUCUUUGGUUUACACUUAACACACGUUUAUUACAGCUAGACCGAGUACGCGUGGUCAACUAUAAAACGAUUCCUAAACGUGAACUAUUCGAAACUGUUCCUGGAACAACUUUGUUCCGAAGUAGAAAUAGGUUAAUCUCAAGAUUCCUCCGUUCGUAAACACACAUGCGUGUUACCUCCACGUGGGGAGACAGCUCACGCUCUGUUUAUAUAUAUGACACGACGACGGCGGAACAAGCACAAAAUAUAUUCGCAAGUGAUAUUUCAUUCGUCGCAUAGCGAGAAUGUCAUUCAACCUGCAGGACACCGUGAAAUUGUUGGACCUCGUCGGCGAGGAAAACCUGGACGUUAGCCUCGAGAGUCUCUGUGGUCAGCUGCAUCAGAAUUUCCCCAAGGAACAACGUUACGAUGUCGGAAUGACGUUGCUGCUGAAGCUACAGCACGUCAGUUUGCUUCCCAAACAUAUCCAACGUGUCAUAGCGUGGACGUUGCUAUUCGAUCUGUACCGCGGAGAACCGCUAGCCUCUACGCCUUUCGCCCCCGUGUUCGUGCAGGUGCUAAAGUCACAGGAAGACAUUACUAGCAACAGCGGCUCGAAACCGUCCGGCCACACCGGCCACAUACCGCCCUUAUCCAACUGCGAGAGGAAUCUGCUCGUCAAUCUGAUGGGAUACAACACAAAGGACGUAAUGAAGAAAACGCCACGCCAAAUCGUGGACGAGUUCUCGUUCGCCCCCGUGCCGCCUAUUGAUCUGACCGCUUUGCAGCUGCAGCUGGCCGAGCGCCAGUCCGAGCUCCCGGCGGUCAGUAAAUGCGGGAAUCCCAUUAUAGUACCCGACAUGGAACACUCCAAGGGAUUGGAGUACGACGUGACCGCCGUGAAGAAUAUGUUGGAGCGCCUCGCAAUCGGCGAUCCGCCACUGUGCAGGCGGAGCUAUCGGCCCGAGUUCCUUAGGCUCGCGCCACCGCUCUAUCACUCGCACAACGAGAUAGCCUGGCUCCAUGUCACCGAACCAACCCAGUUUACGGUCGAGUACGACACCAGCAUGUGCGUGUCGAAUUGCGACAGCGCCGAGGCGCGUAAGCUCAUGGGUAAGGCCUUCAAGAAUGUUCUGUCACUGGCCCAGCAGCAAUAUUUGAUUGGCGAACUGGACAAGGAUCCGAAGCUCGUCUAUCACAUCGGACUCACGCCCCCGAAGUUACCGGACCUGGUCGAGACCAAUCCUCUGGUCGCCAUUGAGGUUCUCCUCAAGUUGAUGCAGUCCAGCCAGAUCACUGAGUACUUCAGCGUGCUGGUGAACAUGGAGAUGUCCCUGCACUCGAUGGAGGUCGUGAACAGACUAACCACCACGGUGGACCUGCCAACGGAAUUUGUACAUUUGUACAUCAGCAACUGUAUAUCCACCUGUGAGACUAUCAAGGACCGUUACAUGCAGAAUCGACUGGUACGACUCGUUUGUGUGUUUCUGCAAUCCCUGAUAAGAAAUAAGAUCAUAAAUGUGCAAGAGCUGUUUAUCGAGAUCCAAGCGUUCUGCGUUGAAUUCAGUCGCAUUAGAGAGGCGGCCGCGUUAUUUCGACUGCUAAAACAACUCGAAUCUGGUGACACUGGUGGACUUAAUGCUCCGCCUACGAGAAAUAGAGCAGACAUGUGUUAAAAAACUACGUGUCAUGAUACCUACAAAAAAUUACUAUCUGGAACGUCCUGCAUCGAAAAAAUUAUAAUUGAGCGAUUAGGUAAUCUAGUAUUAAGUAAUUAUUUGAGUAUGUCUCUAGUCGGAUCCUCUAUAUACCUAAUCAGAUAGACACAUUGCAAAAUUAUAUUAUCAAGCUGUUGUAAACAGAAAAUAAGUUUUUGAAUUGAUCAUGUGUUUAAAAAAACCAUUUUAAUUAACAAAUCUUGAUAAGUAGUUGGGGUAAGUCUACGAUCUUGUUUCUUGUUUCCAAGAAUAAUUGUUUUAAAUAAAAUCAUAAGGCCUUAGCUGAUUCUUCUUUGAAGCCCAAUAGGUUUCUGACUUUAAGAUUAUCAUGAAUUCUUGACGACAAAGUACUAAACUUUUGAAGAGGAUGUCCACGACAGAUAUUAUAUGGCUGACUUAUGAGUCUUUUCAGUUAAACUUCAAAUUUCUUUUCUCCUUUUUUUUCUCAAUUCAAGUUUGAGAGGAAGAAGAGAAAAGAUGAACUGUAAGAAGUUUAGCUAUAUAGAACAGAUCUAUAAUUAAUUAACGUUUAUAAGACAUUUUAUAUUUUAAGUCUUAAGUAACACAUAACAAGUGUCUUAUGUCUGAAGUGAUAAACUAAAGUCAUUUUGUUGUGAUUUAUAACAAACCGUGUAAUAAUAAAAAUGUUAAAAACUUUAUUUUUAUAGAUAUUAUAAAAGUAUGUAGCAUCGUGUAAUAUUGUUUUUAAAUUAUAUCAGUCAAUCAUUUUGCUGAGGCCCUUAGUGACACAAAUUUCUGAUUUUUUUUUUUUGUAUUUUAUGUUGUAAGUAAAUAUAUUUACAUUUAAAAAAUACUUCUGAUCUAGAAUUUGACAUAUGAUUUUCUGCAUUGAUCACGGUCCGUAAGAUAUUCUAUCGUGUAAUAAACAAAUAUAUCUUGCAAUAUAUGUAAAUAACAAAUUUAUAAUUGUAAAAUUUUUACAUAUUUGUAUCUAUCAUAUUCCAAACUUCAAGUACAAAUAAAUGAAUUAUAAUAAUAAA